GAAAGCCUUCAAUUCCUUCCCCUGCAUCUCCUAUAAAGACUUAGCUUAUUACUACCACUAUUAUCGCCAAUUAAUUUCGCCAUGGCUCGAACACAACAACGAUACCGAGGAGUCCGUCAGCGGCAUUGGGGAUCUUGGGUUUCCGAAAUUCGUCAUCCUUCAUUGAAGACAAGGAUAUGGCUAGGAACAUUUGAGACAGCAGAGGAUGCUGCACAGGCAUAUGAUGAAGCUGCAAGACUUAUGUGCGGUCCAAUAGCACGCACUAAUUUCCCUUACAAUGCCAGCCAGUCUCAAUCAUCAAGGUUCCUAUCUUCUGCUUUGAUAGCUAAACUUCAAAGAUGUCACAUGACAUCUCUUGGCAUGCCAAAAAAAUCUGGAAGGACAAAGUUGGAAACUAAAGAGAAUCAGAUAUCCCCACAAAUUAGGAACAGGGGAGAUGGCAAAAUGCGCUUUGACAUGCCAGUGAAUGAGGGAUAUAGCCAAAUUCAGAGGGAGAGUGCACACCAAUUCAAGCCACUGGAGGAUCAGGAUAUAGAGCAGAUGAUUGAGGAGUUGCUUGAUUAUGGAUCUAUUGAGCUGUCUUCUGUUCUCAAUCAAUAAACCAUGAAUCCAAUGCAGCAUUAAAUAUUUCUUCUGUC